CGCCCGCGCUGGGAAAGUAACGGCAGGCGGGGUGCGGGCGCCGCCAGCCCUGGCUAGCCCUCCUCCGGCAGGUCCACGCACUGUGGAGACAUGGGGGAGCCACCGCCCAACGCUGACCCCUCGUCCCAGGACCGGAGGACUUCCCAGGGCUCCGAGAGGACUCGCAGUCGACAGUACUCGCAGCCUCUGCUAGGCAUCCCCGAGGAUGGCGGCCACCAGCCUCCGCCCCCGCCUCCGCAGCGGGGCAGCCGGGGCAGUCAGGGCAGUCAGGGCACCGGCCUGCCGCACUGGUCUCAGAGGUCCAGCCUGAUCCCAGAGGACCAGAGCGAGGAGGGCACGGACUACACCCGCUCCAUGAGCUUGGGCUACCCACCCGGCUUCCCCGCGGAGCUCUCGGCGCAGGCUUACACGGACGAGGACAGAAUGAUGCAGCAGUUCCCUCGGGGCCUCUUGGAGCAGCUGGAGACCUCCUACCAGGACCCGGGGGCCAGCCUCCUGGGCCCGUUCAGCAUGUACCCCAGCGAGGACCAGACGACGCAGCACGGGCCGUACCUGAGGGACGACCCCACCCUCCACCUCGGGCCCUCGGGCCUGGGCUUCAUGCCCUUCGUGGGAGAGGUGCCUGACCCCGAGCCCCGCGAGCUGGCGGUGCAGAACGCCAAGGCCUACCUGCUGCAGACCAGCGUGAACUGCAACCUCAGCCUGUACGAGCACCUGGUAAACCUGCUGACCAAGAUCCUGAACCAGCGGCCGGAGGACCCCUUGUCCAUCCUGGAGACGCUGAACCGCAACACGCAGUGGGAGUGGUUCCACCCCAAGCUGGACACGCUGCGAGACGACCCCGAGAUGCAGCCCACCUACGAGAUGGCCGAGAAGCAAAAGGCCCUGUUCAGCAGGGGCGGAGGAGAAGGCGAGCAGGAGAUGGAAGAGGAGGUGACCGACACCCCGGUGCCCAACAUCAUGGAGACCGCCUUCUACUUCGAGCAAGCGGGCGUGGGGCUGAGCUCGGACGAAAGCUUCCGGAUCUUCCUGGCCCUGAGGCAGCUGGUGGAGCAGCAGCCCAUCCACACGUGCCGCUUCUGGGGCAAGAUCCUGGGACUGAGCCGCAGCUACCUGGUGGCCGAGGUGGAGUUCCGCGAGGGCGAGGAGGAGGGCGAGGAGGAGGAGGUGGAGGAGAUGGAGGGAGGCGAGGUCCUGGAGGCGCACGGCGAGGAGGAGGGCGAGGAGGACGAGGAGAAGGUGGUGGACGAGGUGCCCAAACCGCAGUGGAAGCCGCCGCCCGUCAUCCCCAAGGAGGAGAGCCGCACGGGGGCCAACAAGUACCUGUACUUCGUGUGCAACGAGCCGGGCCGCCCGUGGACGCGCCUGCCGCACGUGACGCCCGCGCAGAUCGUGAGCGCGCGCAAGAUCAAGAAGUUCUUCACCGGCUUCCUGGACACGCCGGUCGUCAGCUACCCGCCCUUCCCGGGCAACGAGGCCAACUACCUACGCGCGCAAAUUGCGCGCAUCUCGGCCGCCACGCACAUCAGCCCGCUGGGUUUCUACCAGUUCGGCGAGGAGGAGGGCGAUGAGGAGGAGGAGGGCGGCGCGGGGCGCGACUCUUUCGAGGAGAACCCCGACUUCGAGGGCAUCCCUGUUCUGGAGCUCGUGGAUUCCAUGGCCAACUGGGUACAUCACAUGCAGCACAUCCUGCCGCAGGGUCGCUGUACGUGGGUGAACCCCAUGCAGAAGACAGAGGAGGAGGAGGAGCUAGGGGAGGAGGAGGAGAAGGCAGACGAGGGGUUGGAGGAGGUGGAGCAGGAGGUGGGUCCUCCACUUCUGACCCCCCUCUCCGAAGACGCGGAGAUCAUGCACCUGUCGCCCUGGACCACCCGUCUCUCCUGCAGCCUCAGCCCGCAAUAUUCGGUGGCCAUUGUGCGCUCCAACCUCUGGCCAGGGGCCUACGCCUACGCCGUUGGCAAGAAGUUUGAGAACCUGUACAUUGGCUGGGGUCACAAGUACAGCCCUGAGAACUUCAACCCCUCCCUGCCGGCUCCGAUUCAGCAGGAGUACCCCAGCGGCCCCGAGAUCAUGGAGAUGAGCGACCCCACCGUGGAGGAGGAGCAGGCCCUGAAGGCUGCUCAGGAGCAGGCCCUGGCGGCCGCCGAGGAGGAGGAAGAGGACGAGGAGGAGGAGGAGGACGAAGACCUAGAGGACUGAGUCCCACGGCCUUGCCCCCAUUUGUAGUUACAGAUCGUAUUUUUCCAGUUUCUCCCCAGCCCUUGCAGGACACGGGCAGGAAUCACCCAGGGCUCCCAAUAAACCCCGCCCCCACGGCACAGCCGCUAAGUCAUUCAUUCAUUCAUCA